AUGUCUGAUGGUGAGAGGUUGGCACCUCCUGGCACACGUCCCAAGGGACCACCGACCGUCACUGGAUUGUCUCCUACUGAAGGAACCCCCGGCACGCAGAUCACCAUACGUGGAGAAAACCUUGGCACAGAUCAGAAUGAUCUUCUCAUGUUAUUUAUAUGUGGAACGGAUUGCUUGCACACUGCUAAAUGGAAAACGGACAAGAAGAUUAUUGCUCGAUUGGGCCAAGCCAAUCGAGGCCUAGGAGAGGUGAAGAUUGCAACAAAAUCUGGUGGUCGAGGUAUCUGCAAUGUGAAAUUCAGAGUAUUUAUUGCUCAAGUAGGACCAUUGGAGGAGUCUGCUGUAUGGGUUGAUGAGACACAAACAGUUCCCGGACGAGAGGCUGUGCGAACAGUUGCUCAAACUACAGAAGAACGCGAUGCUCUUGGUUUGACGCCAACCACUAAGAAAAUGGAUCCCGCUCUUCUAUCUAAGAUGUUCCCAGACGGCUCGGGUAACAUACGUAUGGAAAGCUUUAAUCCGCAAUGGUAUCUCUUAGAACAUCACUCCGAGACCUCGAUAGAAGAUCUUCGUGAAGCCUUAAAGAACAUGCAACUUGCUAAGGCAGAUGAAGCAAAGAAAAAUGAGCAAAUGCACAAGGCUAAUCUUUAUUCGCUGAUUAGCUGUGUUGACUCACUCGCGGCGCUGCACGAUGAAUUGGAGCGGAGCAGUAAAGCUGGCGACUUUGCUGUAAUAAAACAAAUAGGGAGUCAGAUUGCCGAAGCUAGAGUCAAAGCAGAAAACGUAUUUAAAGACGUUCUGUCUCGAAAAGAUCGUGCUGAUGCUACGAGAAAUGCACUGUCGGUCCUAACACGCUUCAAAUUCAUCUUCUUUCUUUCUAAAACUAUCGAUGACAAUAUGAAGAAGGGUGAAUAUCUGACUAUCCUUAAUGACUACAUGAGGGCGAAAUCUCUAUACAAGGACACAGAAGUUGCACUGUUCAGAGAAUUGAUGCUACACCUGGAUGCUAAAAUAGAUCGGUUCAAGGAAGAGAUGAAGCUCAAAUUGAUAGAUACUAGCGCUUCCUUCGAAGAACAGAGCAAGCUCAUCAAGUACCUAAAGAUUCUUGAACCGGAUUCUGAUCCAACUUGGGAAUGUAUCACAGCGUAUCAUUGCUGGCUUGAAGACAUUCUGUGGAAGCUGCAAGAAGAGCACUUCAAGAAAGCGCUGGAACUUGUAAAUGCGGCUCAGGAUCAUCGCUUUACCUUGGUUGAAACUAAUGAGCGACAAUUAUUCGUGUCAUCCUUGGUUUCAAUUUUGAUGAACAAGCUGCAGUCUUUCUGGAAACUUUCCAAUACAUACACCACGAAUGAUGAGCGAUGGACUCAACGUCAGGAUGAUAUUAAUCAAAUGCUCAUUAAUACCAUCAACGUGUCAUCGUGGUUGAUUCUCAAUGCGCUUGUGCCCAAAGCACUACCAGAUGAUGUCAUUAAAAGGUAUGAAGCUCAGUUUGUACGGUGGCCAGAAAUGUCGCCGCAAGUGAAUAGAACCGUCCUUGCACAAAGUUUGAAAGUUCUUAGAUCAUUUAUAUCCUCACUACUAGAAGCUCAGUUUACGAAUACUCACGUCCAGCCGCUGGUUGAGUUGUGCAUGACAGUGCGGUUAAAGGUUGUCUCUGACGUAAUUGACAAGGGAGUUGAAAACAUUUGCGCACUGGGAAGCAAAGAAAAUUGGAAACAAGAUUUUAGUUCAAGCGUUGCAGCGAAAACAGCUUUGCCCGACUUCUACGAAAACGAAGUAUUCGAUUGCUUGUCUGCCGUUCGCGACGCGUUAUCCUUUACUGGCUAUCCUGGCGAAGCAUGCUUAUUUUCACGUGAACGGUUUAGAACUACACUCGUUGAUAUAUUUGUACAUCUUGUCGCUGCGAUCAGGCAUUGUUUUGAUAGGUUGCUUAAUCUCCGCGCAGAUCUGAAAAAGCCACAAGAUCUUGACCUGAAUCGCAAAGAUGACGAAAAAUCACAUCUUACUACGAAGAAGCUCCUCAUUAGCAUCUGCAAUCUGGAGUUUAUUCUGGAAAAUGCACUGAAGAACAUUAAUAAACGUAUGUUCGAUUGUGGAGUGAAGUAUGCCGAUGAAGUGUAUGAGAAAUCAAAAGCGAAAUUGUCUUUGUACAGGCAAACUCUUGUCCGAUGUUAUAUAAUGAUCAAGAGUAGCGCUUUUUCAUCGCUCAUAGAUUCUGCCGACUACGAAUUUAUCCCUGAUGAUGAUGUAUCUGAUUACGCGAAGGAAAUGAUGAUGUGUUGUGUGCUUCAACAGGCAGAACUGGAACUAUGUUCCCCUCAGCUGACAUCCGAAUGUCUACAGGCUACUGUUCAAAAUGCGUUUGUAAAUUUACUGGAUCAAUUAGAAGCUCGAGAUCCUGCAUCGGAGCGUGAAGCCACUCAACGAGUUAUUGAUGUAUGUGCCUUAGAACAAGCCCUCGGAGGAUUUACUAAUUUGGAGACGAGAACCCAUGUCAAUGUGUAUCGCGCUGGUUUGGUGGGACAAUUGGAUCAACGGAAACUUCAACGCUGCCUGAAUAACAUGCGUGCAUCGAUGCGAAUGGCAUUGGAAAGUUUGGAGGGUGGCGCCGAAGACGAUUUGAAUACUUCUAGUAUUUAG